CCUCUCAUUUGUUCUUCCUUUUUACUUACACACAUUGUAUAUUAUACUAUACUAUUCCACAAAUAUUUUAAUCACCAUGCUCCCAAGAUAUAUAGUAUAAAUACAAUACAACAUAUCAAACAGUUUCUUCUUCCAAACAUUCUAUUCUUAUUUGUUUGUGUUCAAUUCUCAACUCUCUCUAUAUAUAUAUAUAAUGGAUACACCUACUCUUUUACAUUCUUUGCAAUUGCUUUUGGUUUUCACUUGCAUGUUGUUAAAUGCAGGAAUAGUAACACUUGCUGCACGCCUUCAUCAUCAUCAUCACCACACUACCUUCAACACAUUGUCUACUACAAACUCUUCCAAGAACCACUGGAUCGGACCCGUUGGUAACCGUGUUAUCACGGUUGAUAUUAACGGUGGAGGUCAGUUCCAGUCCGUCCAAGACGCAGUAAAUUCCGUCCCAGAUAACAAUACAAUGAAUGUCCUUAUUCAAAUCAGCGCUGGAUUCUAUAAAGAGAAAGUGGUAGUUCCCGUGACAAAACCGUACAUAACAUUUCAAGGGGAAGGGAGAGAAGUAACAGUGAUUGAAUGGCAUGAUAGAGCUUGUGAUCCUGGUCCCAAUGGACAACAGCUACGUACUUAUAGAACUGCUUCUGUUACUGUCUUUGCCAACUAUUUCUCUGCAAAGAAUAUCACCUUCAAGAAUACAGCGCCGGCACCAAUGCCCGGGAUGCAAGGAUUGCAAGCGGUGGCGUUUCGCAUAUCAGGGGACAAAGCAUACUUCUCCGGAUGUGGCUUCCAUGGUGCACAAGACACACUUUGCGACGAUGCUGGUAGGCAUUACUUCAAGGAAUGCUACAUUGAGGGCUCCAUUGAUUUCAUUUUUGGAAAUGGAAGAUCCAUGUACAAGGAUUGUGAGCUGCAUUCAAUAGCAACAAGGUUCGGAUCCAUAGCAGCACAGGAUAGACAAUACCUAGACGAGAAGACAGGCUUCACAUUUGUACGAUGCAAGGUGACAGGUUCAGGCCCACUAUAUGUAGGACGUGCAAUGGGGCAAUACUCAAGAAUAGUUUAUGCCUAUACAUACUUUGAUGAUAUAGUUGCACACGGUGGUUGGGAUGAUUGGGACCACACCAACAACAAAAACAAGACUGUGUUCUUUGGAGUGUACAAAUGUUGGGGACCGGGAGCAGAGGCAGUACGUGGGGUGUCAUGGGCACGAGAGUUGGAUUUCGAAACAGCACAUCCAUUUAUCAGGAAGAGCUUCGUCAAUGGGAGACAUUGGAUCGCACCUACUGAUGCUUAGCCAUUUAUAGCAUUAUUAUUGACUUCCCCAAUUACCUUUUAAAAAUGUAAUAUAGAAGGAAAAACAAAAAGAAUUAUAAGAUGCAGCUCAUACCAAAGGAAUUCAUUUGUUGACAAUUUUGAUAUCCUCUCUUUGUAGAGGUGAUUCUUUUCAUUGAGUGUUCUUUGACCUCCCUCAAAUGUAAUAAAGAAGAUAUUCUUUUUAUGAGACAGUGAUGCUAACAAUAACACUACAUA